AUGACGGCCACAUGCUGCACCACCUUGCCGCCGGUCAGCACAGCGAUUCCCAAGUACACCACAGCUCCGCCCUACGACUACGCGGGGUACCAGUACCUCUCGCACCACCAGCACCGCGCCUUGGCCGCGGACCUCCACCAGCACCUCCAGUUCCAGCACCAGCUACAGCAACACCACGCUGGCAACGACCAGCACCACCAGCUCUUCCACCUCUUCCUCCGUCACCACAAUGUUCACCACCUCGACAAACACGACCUCCACAGCUACCACCACAACGACACUGUCCACGACCUCAACUUAGUGAAUCUGCGCUGCUUGCGACGUUGGGACGUCAUCGACGAAGUCGAGUACGACGAGUUUCCUUCCAGACCCUCCUGUACCCUGCUUGCCGCCGGCAGCCCAAGUGGACUCGAGGCUGUGCCCGAGACUAACACCGACAGCAUGCCGGGGCGAGCUGAUGUCAGAUAUUCUCCAUGCUUUGAGACCAGCAACCUGGUCUUCGCCUGUCCAGGCACCAACCGCGCGAUGGGCUCAGUGAACGAAAGCACGCAGCACUUCAAUUCCUUGUUCGACAACGUGCCAGCGCAGAGCUGCUUGCCUGGCUUCAACAGCUACAAGGUCUGCCAGGUGACGAAAGCCAAGUGGCAGGGCCGUGAUGAGAACGUGAGGCGCAUCCGCAGCGGCCCGGAGCUUAUGCAGCAGCUGGCGCGGAUUCCCAGAGGAGACGCCACCGCGAAUCUUCCUGGAAAGAAGUGCCCAUACUUCAUGGCAUCGUUGGCUGGCUUGGCUUGGAAUGAGACCAUCGAAGAGAUGACUUUCAGCGCUGAACUUGUGCCUGCGGUGCAGUCUUCUUGGGGCAUCAGCAUUUCCAAUGUGGCUGCCUUUGUCUCCCCAGAUGUAGUGAAGCCCACGCUUCUGUUGGAGGAUGACAAGGAGCCGCAGUUCGCCCCGGAUCCCAAGAAGGUGCUGACGGGGGAUUCCUUGGAGGCCAUCCUUGUAAGGAGAGACCAGGAGUUGUCGCAGAUGCUGGAGGAUUGGAUGGAGCGUUUGCAGAACUUGCUCAACAAAAAGAGUGAGAUUGUGGACUCAGCACAUCUUCCGCCCCCGCCACCGAAGAAGCGGGACUCCCAUAAGGUCACCGUGCGGGUGAGGACCUCAGAGUUUGUCUUCUCUGGAGCACCAGGAGCAGCAGAGGAGCACCAGGGACCGCUAAGCAUCCCAGAGGAGGUCUCCUUUGUUGAGGACAAGGUUGUACGUGAACUCUGCCCUUUCAACAUCAAGGUCGAAAAGAGGGAUCCAGAGGAGGGGAACUUCCACUACUUCCAUCGACUGCUGCAAGACCUGGUCUCUUCUUGGGCCUUCGAGAUGCUGUUCGCGGCGGUCAUCGUCACCAAUAGCAUUUUCAUCGCCGUGCAAGUGGAGGUGGCUGCUUCUUCAGAGGGUGCUGACUCCAGUCCCGCCUUCUUUAUGAUUGCCUCUGUUUACACCUUUCUCUUCACUUCAGAGCUGCUUCUGCGCAUCGUGGCCCGGGGGCCGCGAAUCUUCUGCGGCGAAGACUGGGCCUGGAUGAUCCUUGAUUUGCUGAUUGUGAUCUCCAGUGUCUUUGAGUUCGUGAUCGAGGUGCUUGUGCAGACCAAUGAAGAGGGCAACCAAAGCAACGUGCUGACCAACAUGCGGCUUCUCCGCAUUUUGCGCAUUGCCAAGAUCACCCGAGCCUUUCGCAUUGUACGCUUGGUUCGUUUUAUCCGGUCACUGCGAACCUUGCUUCUAUGCAUCGGCCGGACGCUGAGGGCCAUGGCCUGGUCGGGAGUUCUGCUUGGGCUGAUCAUCUUCCUCUUUGGCCUCAUCUUUACGGACAUUUGCACUGAGUAUCUUGCCAGGGAAGCAGCAGAGCAGGAUGCAGCAGCUGCAGCUUUCCUAGCAGUCCGCUGUGGUUCGUUGGAGGAGUCCAUGCACACCUUGUAUGCCUCAAUCACCGGCGGCCUAACUUGGGUCGAAGCCCGCGACGCCUUUCAGAAGAUCUCGCCACUUUGGGGCAUAUUGUUCGAAAUUUACAUAGCGUUCUGCAAUUUCGCGGUCCUCAAUGUCAUGACCGGCGUGUUUUGUCAGUCAGCGAUAGAGUCUGCCGAGAAGGAUCACGAGCUGAAUUUGGAGAGUGUUUCCAACGAGAAGGAGAAAUACAUCCGCGCAGUGCGACGGUUGUUUACUCAGCUGGACGAAAAUUCAGAUGGAGGCAUCACUCGUAGAGAGUUUGAGCGAGCUUGGGACGAUCCAGUGCUGCAAACCAUCUUUGACGCUUUGGAGAUCACCUCAACGGACGCCUGGAACCUGUUCGCUCAGCUGGACCGAGACGGCAGCGGCGAAGUGGAUGUCGAUGAGUUCUUGGAAGGAUGUAUGAAGGUGAAAGGCCCUGCGCGUUCCAUCGACGUCAUGUGCCUUCAGAAGGACGUGUUGGCACUGCGUCAGCGCUUGGGUUACGUAUGA